AACGACCGUUCCACAGGUGCAUGUUCAUUAAUUGUUUGUGGUUCAUUGAACAAGCAUGAGAAACCGUGUUUAAACCCUUUACAAUGAAGAUCUGGGCAGGAUUGGCCAUGCCAUUUGGCUGUUUGACGCUCGGGGAAAAGAAGGAUUACAACAAUCCCUCAGAGGUGACAGAUAAAUAUGACCUGGGACAGAUUGUUAAAUCAGAGGAGUUCUGUGAGAUCUUCAGGGCCAAGGACAAAAAUACACUGAAAAUGUUUACUUGUAAAAAGUUCCUGAAAAAGGAUGGAAGGAAAGUUCGGAAGGCUGCAAAAAAUGAGAUCCUUAUUUUAAAGAUGGUGAAGCACCCCAAUAUUCUUCAGCUGGUGGAUUUCUAUAAGACCAGAAAAGAGUACUUCCUCUUUCUUGAACUUGCUACUGGCAGAGAGGUAUUUGAUUGGAUCCUGGACCAGGGCUACUAUUCAGAGCGCGACACCAGUAAUGUGGUCCGUCAGGUGUUGGAGGCCGUGGCCUAUCUUCACUCCCUGCACAUUGUCCACAGGAACCUCAAGCUGGAGAAUUUGGUGUACUUCAACCGCCUGAAGCACUCUAAAAUAGUGAUCAGUGACUUCCACCUGGCAAAGCUGGAGACCGGGCUCAUCAAAGACCCAUGUGGAACACCAGAGUACCUUGCACCAGAAGUGGUUGGGAGACAGAGAUACGGCAGGCCAGUGGACUGCUGGGCCCUGGGUGUCAUCAUGUACAUACUGCUUUCAGGCAACCCUCCUUUCUAUGAGGAAACUGAUGAUGAUGAUUAUGAAAACCACGACAAGAACCUGUUCAGGAAGAUCUUGGCGGGGGACUAUGAGUUUGACUCUCCGUACUGGGACGACAUCUCAGAGUCAGCAAAAGGCCUGGUCGCCCGUAUGAUGGAGGUAGACCAGGAUCAGAGGCUGACUGCUCAGGAGGCCAUCAACCAUGAGUGGAUCUCUGGAAAUGCAGCCUCAAAUAAGAAUAUUAAGGAUAAUGUCUGCGCACAGAUAGAGAAGAACUUUGCUAAAGCCAAGUGGAAGAAAGCGGUGCGGGUUACUACCAUCAUGAAGCGACUGAGAGCUCCAGAACAGAGUGCUGACUCGGGGGCAACCAUCCCAGCAGUAGUAACCAGCUCUGCAGCAGGAGAACCCUCCCCAGCUCCAGCAGACCCCCAGGCUCUCAGUGACCCCUCUACAGCUACCGCUGCUGCAGCCCCUGAGGGGGAGCCUGCUUCUGUCAAAGAGCCCCCUGCUGGCAUGGAGGCCGUGGCGUGUGAUGCCACUCCCCAAGGUGCAGCAGAGGUCACAGCUCCACCCCCGGCCCCUGAGGAGGCCAGCCCAGUGGAGGCCCCAGUUGAAGCCCCGGAGGAGGUUGAUCCGUUGUCACUGUGUAACGGAGAGUCCCCGACUCCCCUCCAACCAGCAACUGAAGUUGACGAUGGGCAGGGUUAGACGGUGAACUCCCUCCUAUGACCUCCUUCACUCCCAGCAAUCGUCUUUCCUGCACACUAGCAUGGUGACACUGACUUAUCUCUCUCACUUGCAGCAUGAGUAACAUCUCACAGAGCCUUUGUCCUAUCUUUCCUGAGUGUUGAAUUGAUCUGGCUACAUGUAUUUUGUGUUUUUGAAACAUCCCUCUGGCCUUACAGGGGCUUUUUGUGUCUAAUGCAGCGCAGCUAACAGCUACAUAUUUUCCUCUGAACUCUCCCCUUUAAAGCAUAUGGAAAUAUGUAAUUGUACCAAACCUGCUUUGGGAACAUUUUUACCCAGUCCUACUCUCACAGUAUUCCAAUGCAUUAUCAUGGCAUACAAUAAGGUAAUGAACAGCUUGGCUUUGCUCUUGUAGUGUUGAUUUUACAUAAUGAUCUGUAGCAUUCCUCCUUUACAACCCUCUCUACACAUGGAAAGAUCCUAUUUGAUCUCUUUUUGGGGGGUGAACAUUGCUCUCUUUGUUAUUUGUUGUAUACACUCAUCAGUAGUUUUGUCUGUGCUGCAGCAAUUAUGUUUACUGGGGGAUGCAGCAGGCCCAGUGUAAGUGAAAGGCAGCAUCCACAACAUGCUGGGUUAAAUGCGAUUGACAUAUUUCAGUUGAAUGCAUUCAGUUUACCAACUGACUAGGUAUCCCCCAAUCUCUAUCCCUCGCCAGCUUUCUGCUUAGGAAGGCACCACGUGGCUGUCAGUGUAAAGAUUCUGUAUAUAGAGACCUUUGUAGAAGUAGUCACAACGGCAUGCAUUCUUAACUUUUGCUGUUAAUUUCAAAAUUAUAAGCACUUGGUGGAAAGAACGUGGUAAUCCUGCUAACAUUAAGGUCUUUCUGUUCGUUAGGCUCCAAGUGGAGGGCACUGUUGAUGCUCAUGUAUUGUUCAAAUGGACUACAUCAUUCCAUAAACUUCUAACUAUUCAUAUCAUACAUCAAGUGCCACUACUGUAAAUGUACGAUAUAUUAAAUGAGUUGUGUUUGUUACACCGUAGUUUCUAUGCAUCUAGAAUUCAUUUUGUAGCUCAUCUUUAUGAAUUUCACAGCAGGCCUCAGUCAUAACAUAUCUUCAUCCAUCCUAUGCGCUUAGAUCAACUUCUAUAAAAUUCUUUUUUUUUUCAUUUACGUUUCUGGUUUAACAGUUCUUCUGGCUUAUUUAUUCGUAUACAUCCUAAAGUACGUAGAUCCAUUUGUAAAUAAAUAUAAUUUAGCCUACAAGGAUCAAUCAUGAUAUUCUUUUCACAGUUGUUUAACAUUAGAUUGUGACUGUGUAAAGCACCACCUGUAAAAGCCAUUUUUACCCCCCUCCAGCUUUUUUUUUUUACAAGUUGUUGUUGAUUAAAGGAAACAGAAUAAUUAAGAGCAAUUGUGUUAAAAACAUCUUUCAUAUUUUUGCAAACAUACUGUAUGUAUAUGUUUAUUUAUCUAUUUAUUCAUAGGUUUAAUUAUUCUCAAGAUAUUCAUAACAAUAACAAAAUAAUAAUAGUAGUCGGUCUUUGGUCCCUUUCAGUAUAGUCAAUAACUAGGUACUGCAAGAGUUCUCUGUAAUCACCGUAAGUUGAGCAAUAUUCUACUUGCUGCCGAAACUGUGAUUCUUCGCUUGGUGUCCUCUAUAAAGUGCAUGUGCGUACCUGUAAGUUAAAAGCCUACAGACUUUGACAACAGUCAAUACCCUGUCCAGACAGUUAGUCAAAUAACACAUGGCCAGUGUCAAACAAGGCGGAGCCUAGAUCAUAUUAGUCAUGCUUCUAACUUGGGUCCAAUCUUUCUGUUUAUAGUACCAGCCAUCUGUGCAGAGGUUGGCUCCUUCCUUGAUCCAGCAAGACAGUGAUGUUAUUGUCAGCAAACAGUAGCUAUUAUACACACUUUAAUUAUACAGUGUAUUAAUGCAUUUGUUGUCAAGGGACUAUGCUUCUGUGUUCACCUGCACGUUCUAUGGAAGUAUGUAUUUAAGAAAAGUUUGAGCAAUUAUUUUCAAUGAAAGGCAGGAAGUCAAAUCAAAUUUGCUACUUCAUUUUUUGUUGAUCAGAGAUCAAAGUUAUUGCUCCCCAGUCUAUUGCUUAUGCAUGUCUCUGACACCUACGAGAACAUAUACAUAAACCAGUCAAAAGUUUGGAUACACCUGCUCAUUCAAGGGUUUUUCUUUAUUUUUUACAGAAUAAUAAUGAAGACAUCAAAACUAUAAAAUAACACAUAUGGAAUCAUGUAGUAACCAAAAGUGUUAAACAAAUCAACAUAUAUUUUAUAUUUAAAUUCUUCAAAGUAGCCACCCUUUGCCUUGACAGCUUUGCACACUCUUGGCAUUCUCUCAACCAGCUUCACCUGGAAUGCUUUUCCAACAGUCUUGAAGGAGUUCCCACAUAUUCUGAGCACUUGUUGGAAGCUUUUCCUUCACUCUGCAUUCCAACUCAUCCCAAACCAUCUCAAUUGGGUUGAGGUCCGGUAAUUGUGAAGGGCCAAGUCAUCUGAGGCAGCACUCCAUCACUUUCCUUCUUGGUCAAAUAGGCUUCACACAGCCUGGAGGUGUUUUGGGUCAUUGUCCUGUUGAAAAAUAAAUGAUAGUCCCACUAAGCGCAAACCAGAUGGGAUGGUAUAUCGCUGCAGAAUGCUGUGGUAACCAUGCUGGUUAAGUGUGCCUUGAAUUUUAAAUAAAUCACAGAUGGUGUCACCAGCAAAGCAACUCCACACCAUCACACCUCCUCCUCCGUGCUUCACAAUGGGAACACAUAUGCAGAGAUCAUCUGUUCACCUACUCUGCGCCUCACAAACCCACGACCAUUGGAACCAAAAAUUAAAAAAAUUGACUCAUCAGACCAAACAACAGAUUUUCACAACACAACUGAUUGGCUCAAACGCAUUAAGGAAAGAAAUUCCACAAAUUAACAAGGCACACCUGUUAAUUGAAAUGCAUUCCAGGUGACUACCUCAUGAAGCCGGUUGAGAGAAUGCCAAGAGUGUGCAAAGCUAUCAUCAAGACAAAGGGUGGCUACUUUGAAGAAUCUUAGAUUUAAAAUAUAUUUUGAUCUGUUUAACACUUUUUUGGUUACUACAUGAUUCCAUAUGUGUUAUUUCAUAGUUUUAAUGUCUUGGUGUCUAGAAAAGUUUUUUUUUAUAUAUAAAAAAAUGUUGCAUGAGUAGCUGUGUUCAAACUUUUGACUGGUACGGUGUGUGUGUAUAUAUAUAUAUAUAUAUACUGAUUGAUUGAUAUGCAUUAUUGAGAUAUAGCAUUACACAAUGUCUUAAUUUUGCCAGAACAUUUUGAUUUCCAUGAAAAGCUUAACAGCAAUAUUUUCAAAAAUGUGUGAGAAUAUACCAUCCUCUUACUUAUGACCGCAAAUAAAUACUGUUACACAAUCUUAAGCAAUGCUUCGUUUCAGUGCCACUGUAUUUAGUAUUCCAUGUCUGUUCAUUUCAUGCUCUUUCUGAUGUACCUUUUAUUUCUCAAUUGAAUGGUCAUCUAGACCAGUGGUCACCUGUAGGUCCUGACUGUCGCUCAUUUGUAGGCUCUGUACUGUAUUCCUUGACUGAGUUCAUGACUUUGAUGGUAAUAAAAGUAUACUCGUGGAAUAUG